AUGCGCCGAGGACUGUCGCUGACAAACGCAGGCACCAGUAUCAUUUUGCUCUUCGUCUACGGAUGCUACCUCUUCUUCCAGCUCAAGUCGCACACCGAGAUCUACAACAGACCCAGCCCCAAGGUCGAGAAGCGGCGCCAAAAGGUGUCGGAGGGCGAUGCCAGUCGCGGCCUGGCCCAGAUUGGCAAGAUGACGGCCACCAUGGGCGGCCAGAACGCGCAGCAGAUGAAAAUCCACGAGGAAGACGACGAGGAGGAACAGCCUCAGCUCAGCAUCUGGGUUGCGGUCCUGACGCUGGCCAUCUCCACCGCUUUUGUCGCAUUGUGCGCUGAAUUUAUGGUUGGUUCCAUUGACGCUCUUACGGAGCGAGGCGGCAUCUCGAAGACAUUCGUCGGGCUGAUCCUGCUUCCUAUCGUGGGUAAUGCGGCCGAGCACGCCACGGCGGUGACGGUGGCAUGCAAGGACAAGAUGGAUCUGUCGAUUGGAGUGGCUGUGGGAUCCAGCAUGCAGAUCGCUCUGCUGGUGCUACCGUUGAUUAUUGUGAUAGGAUGGAUUAUGGGUGAACUAUCUCAUUGCCGAUGGCAAAUCGCACUGGCUCGAGGGUGUGCUGCUGAUAACGAUGUACCUGAUUAUCGCCGUGGCUGCUUGGUAUGUAUGCUUCCAUUACUGCAUUGUAACUAG